CCUGACCACCAUCAAGACCAGCGCCGAGCUGCGCAAGAUUGGGGUCAACGUGUUUGGCAUGGCCUCACGCAAGGAAUCGAUCAUCCUGCAGCUCAAGGGCCUGGCCAGCCAGCUGGGCGGGCAGCGGCUGGGCGCGGCGCAGGUGGCGGCGGCGCUGCUGGGGCAGCGGUGCUGGGUCAAGUGGCCCUACCUGCAGGAGGCGGUGGUGGAGGCGGUCAGCGACUCGGGCGCCAAGGUGGCGCGCGGGGCUGGCGGGCAGCAGGAGGCGCGGGCGCACGGCGCCGCCGAGGCGUCUGAGUGGCAGCAGGAGCGGCAGCGCAUACAGCAGGAGUAUCUGAACAAGCAGGGCGUGGACUGCGGCGAGGUCACCCUGCUGGUGCAUGUGCGCCCCUGCGAGGGCCUGGUGCGGCAG